CAGCGGAAAAUGGCGCAUCCCUGGCCCAGCAGUCCGUGGAGCCUAGUGCUCUGUGUUGCCGCCCUACUCCUCGCUCUGGGCGUGGAAGGGGCUCUGGCGCUACCCGAGAUAUGCUUCCAGUGUUCAGGAAAUGUGCAGAAUUUGUCGGAAGUGGCUCUUUUUUGUAAGCAGACGCCGAAGCUAAUGUUGCAUGCCCGCUGCUGCCUGAAUCAGAAGGGCACCAUCUUGGGGCUGGAUCUCCAAAACUGUUCUCUGAAGGACCCUGGUCCACAUUUUCCUCAGGCGCAUACUGCUAUCAUCAUAGACUUGCAAGCAAACCCCCUCAAGGAUGACUUGGUUAACACCUUCCGUGGCUUUACUCAGCUCCAGACUCUGGUACUGCCUCAAGAUGUCAACUGUCCUGGAGGUAUUAGUGCCUGGAAUACUGUUACCACGUUUAUAGACAAGCAAACCUGCCAAGGGCAAAGGAACCUUUGCAAUCACACUGGAGACCCAGAAAUGUGUCCUGAGCACGGAUCUUGUGCGCCCGAUGGUCCAGGUUUCUGGCAGUGUCUUUGUGCUGAUGGUUUCCAUGGCUACAAGUGUAUGCGCCAGGGCUCAUUCUCACUAAUUGUGUUCUUCGGAAUUCUGGGAUCAACCACACUCUCCAUCUCGAUUCUGUUGUGGGGGACCCAACGCCGAAAAGCCAAGGCUUCAUGAACCGCAUGGUC